AUGUCAGUGGCAGCGUCUGUGACACACUCUGCCUCUAUACUGCCUUCUCUAUGGAAAAACCAAGUGGCCUUGAAGGAGGGUAAGAUAAAGUUUCAGACUUGGGCUCAGCAGAAGAGGGACAUGAGGCUGGGGCCAGUGCCAGGAUCUUCAUGUUUCAGUUUGAGGAUUGUGUUGCUGUUGGUGAUUUCUCUGCCAAGCUUGUACUGUGACCUGGGAUCAGUAUAUUACUCUUUCUAUGAAACAGUCACCCCCAAGAGUCUGACAGUGGAAGGAAGGGAAGACCAAGUGGAAAAGCUCUCCUAUGUGCUAUUUAUGCAGGGCCAGAAGCAGCUGAUUCACCUAAAGGUGAAGAGAGACUAUUUUGUGAAUAACUUUCCAGUCUUCAGCUACCACAAUGGCAUCCUGGGGCGAGAAAUGCCUUUCAUCUCACAUGACUGUCAUUAUGAAGGCUACAUAGAAGGAGUCCCAGGUUCUUUUGUUUCUGUCAACACCUGUUCAGGCCUCAGGGGCGUCCUGAUUAAGGAGGAAAAAUCCUAUGGCAUUGAGCCCAUUCACUCUUCAAAACGGUUUGAACAUGUGCUGUACACCAUGGCCCAUGAAGCUCCAGUCUCCUGUAGUGUCACUUCCAAUGACAGCCAAGUGGCAUUCACCAGCCGGCAACAAGAGAGCAGCAAGCCUCGCAGUCGGCAGGUGCCAUCCUACUUGUGGUCACACACCAAGUACGUGGAGAUGUUUGUCGUGGUCGACAACCAGCGGUUCCAAAUGUGGGGCAGUGACGUCAAUGAGACAGUCCAGAGAGUAAUGGACAUCAUUGCCCUGGCCAACAGCUUCACCAGGGGAAUAAACACAGAGGUGGUGCUGGCUGGAAUGGAGAUUUGGACUGAGGGGGACCUCACAGAGGUCCCAGUGGACCUGCAAGCUGCGCUCAGGAAUUUCAAUAGCUGGAGACAAGAGAGGCUCUUCCAUCGUGUGAAGCAUGAUGUUGCCCACAUGAUCGUUGGACACCAUCCUAAAGAGGAUACGGGGCAGGCAUUUCUCAGCGGUGCCUGUUCAAGUGAUUUUGCAGCAGCCGUUGAGUCCUUCCAUCAUGAGGAUGUCCUCCUGUUUGCAGCACUCAUGGUCCACGAGCUUGGGCACAACUUCGGUAUUCCGCAUGACCAUUCGGCCUGCGUUUGUAAAGAUAAACCCUUUGGCCUCAUGCGUGAAAAUAUCACUAAAGAAAGUGGCUUCAGCGACUGCAGCUCUGACUUCUUCUACCAGUUCCUCUGGGAACACAAAGGGGCCUGCCUAUUUGACAAGCCUGGGCACAAAGGCCGCUUACGGAGGGAGUCCCGCUGUGGAAAUGGUGUUGUAGAAGAGGAGGAGCAGUGUGACUGUGGUUCUGACUGUGACAGUCACCCGUGCUGUGACCAAACAUGUAGGCUGAAGGCUCAUGCAUUGUGUAAUCCUGGACCCAGCUGCUUGUGCUGGAAUAAGAUAUUAGAUAAAGGAGAAGAAUUUGACUGUGGCAGUGUUCUUGACUGUCAAAAGGAUCACUUUUGUCUGCCCUUAUACCAGCUGAGGAAGGGUUUAAAUUAUGCAUUUGGCUCUUGCUGCAAAAACCGCAAAUCUCUAAAAGCAACCACAACUUGCCACCUCAGUGUGGAUAAAUGUGACCUCCCAGAAUACUGUAAUGGCACCCCCAAGUGCUGCCACAUGGAUACCUACAAGCAAGAUGGCACUCCUUGCAAGGAACAAGGUUAUUGUUGCCAAGGCCGGGGUUGAAGCCUCGAGAAUCUGUGUGUUAAAAUCUUUGAAAAGGGCACAAAGGUUGCCCAGGAAAGGUUAACAUUAAUGAAUACCAAGGGAGACAGGUUUGGAAACUGUGGCAGUGAAUCUAAAGGGAUAUUUAAAGUCUUCAGCAAGUGCAAGGCCAAAGAUGUAAAAAGUGGGAGGCUGCUAUGUGAAAACAUCCAAAGGCUCACACGCAUUGAAAAACAUCAAACACCCAGUUCCCCAUGUAGAACACAUGGCAUUGGGGUACAGAGAUUUUUUGAAGCUACAGACUGGGCUGAGGAGGAGGAGGUGAAGGAUGAUACAACAUAUGGUUCAAGGAAGAUCUGUAUUAAUCAAAGCUGCAUAGAUACAACUAUACUCCACUAUGACCGUAAACUGGACAAGUCAUGGAGUCAUGGGAGGGGUAUUUGCAGAAAUUUUAAGAACUGCCACUGUAUCUAUGUUUGUGCCCCUCCUACAUGUGAAUUCAAGGGUUACGAAGUUUGA